AUGCAGUCCGGCUUUGGGGGUGACCGUCGCCCUGGUGGUCCUCCUACCUCGGGUUUCGGAAAUGGCUUUGGUGAUCGUGGCUACGCUAUCAGGGAACCCCUUCCCCUUCCUACGGAACCUCCCUACACCGCCCAUGUCGGAAACCUGUCCUUCGACGCCACUUCGGCGGAUAUCUCUGACCUGUUUGCCGACUGCAGUGUGACGAAUGUCCGUAUUGUGGAAGACAAGUUGACCCGGAGUCCAAAGGGCUUUGGAUACGUAGAAUUUGCCACUAUCGAUGGUCUGAAAAAGGCUCUCGACCUCUCAGGCGCUACUCUCCAGGGAAGAGCAAUCCGAGUCAGUAUCGCGGAACCGCCCAAGGAACGGGAUGUCAAGGAAUUUGAUUGGACUCGCAAAGGCCCCCUUCCUGAUGCACCUCAGCGUCGCGUGCCUGAUCGCUCCGCUUUUGGCCGUGGUCUCGACAACCUUUCCGACGCAGGUAGUGAACGUGCAGGCGGACGCCGCAAUUUCGAGUCGGAUGGAAAAGUCCGCGACUUUGGCAACUGGGAACGCAAGGGCCCUCUUUCCCCGACAAGCGGACCGAUGAGGGAGGGUGGCCGCCCACAAACCAAUGAAGGAUCUAGUUUUAGAAGAAGCUCACCUGCUUGGGGUGAGGGACGCUCCCAGGAUGGCUCUCGGCCUCCUCGACGUGAGUUCCAGGAACGUGCCCCGACUGCGGCCGAGCUGGAUAAUUCUUGGAGAGCCAGAAUGCGACCGGAUCAGCCCCCUGCUAAGGAACCUAGCAACACCCCUACUUCUCCUUCCGCCGUUCCUGCAACCCCCGCCGUCGCUGCUCCCGCCCCCGCCCCCGCCACACGCCCCAAGUUGAACCUACAAAAACGGACGGUUAAGGAGGCCGUUUCAAGCGCUGCUCCCGCUACUGAAUCUAAAUCUAGCCCAUUUGGCGGCGCACGUCCCAUCGAUACUGCUGCUCGCGAGAGGGAAGUCGAGGAACGCCGCCAAUUAGCCAUUCGUCAAAAGAAGGAGGCGGAUGAAAAGGCAAAGGCAGACAAGGCAGAGAAGCAGCGGGUCUCCAAGGAGCAGGCUAAGGCUGAACAUCAAGGACCCGGGGCCGACCCGAAUGGCAAGGACACGACGGAGACACCCCAAGGUGGCGCGAAUUUCGAGAUCCUCCGGCGGGCCGGCGAGGAUGAGAGCGGUAUGACCGUCGAUCAGGAUCAGACGGAAGAGACUAAAGCCUCAGCCGCUGUUGCCGAUGCUGCAAAGGAUGCCACUGCUACCAAAACAAAUGGUAAGUGGAGGAGUGGCCCUGCCCAGUCCACCGAGGCUGCCGACGAUGAAGGCUGGAGCACAGUGGGCUCAAGGCAGCGCAACAACCGCCGUGGACAGUCUGGUCGCACAUUCGCAUAG